UGUUUGAAAAUUUAGAAUUCCAUGGUUGGUAAUAAUACGGUUUUAAAAGUACGAUUGCCGAUCUAAACUACAAAAGCCUACAAUAUUUGCAGAAGUAUAGAAUAGUAAAAGUAACUAAAUAUUUUCUUGAACAUAUUUCCUUGAGUUUGUACUAAUAUUUUAUAGUACAUACUUUUCUACUUUGUAUCAUACAUAUUUUUACAAGAGGUUUUGAGGUUAUGAAAUGUUUCAUUCGCAACUCUAAAUCAUAUUAUACGCUCAAAUUUGAGUUAAUUUAUGCGGGAAUAAAGGAUACGAAUAAAUAACAUAUUUUAAACAUUAGAAAGUAAAAUGAAGUGGAUGCCACGGCAAUUUACGUUACCAGUCUUACUUGGCGUGUCUUUAACUGGUGUUGGCAUUGCUUUAAUUUAUGUAUUGUAUAAACAGGACGAAGAGGCUGAAACCUAUAGAAGAAAACACAUAGAGAGUGCGAAACGAAUUAGCAUAGAAUACAAAGUACCUAGGCAAUUUGUACCUCUUGUUAUUGGAAGAGGUGGCUGUAUGAUAAAAGAUGUUGAACGUAAAACAGGAACAUACAUACAUUUUAAGGAAGAUAAUAUCGACUGUCCUGAUCGUAUUUGCAUCAUAAGAGGGACCUAUGAGAGUACACAUUUCGCCGAAGAAAUGAUAAAAUCCAUAAUUGCAAAUCAGUCUGUAAUUGAAACAUAUGAAAUGUAUAUACCUCACAAGACGUGUAGAAGGAUAAUAGGAAGAGGCGGUGAAGUUAUAAAUCAAAUACAAGCAACUUCCAGUGCAAAACUUAUUAUCGAAACUAACAAUGCUUCCUAUAAUUCAAAUGGCGACAGAAGGGUUAUAAUAAAAGGAACAGCCGAACAAAUUGCUGCAGCCUUAUUGCAAAUCGAGGAAAAAGUUCGCGAAGAGACACAAGCUCGUACAAAACUGGAAGCUUCUACCGCGGCAAGAUUGCCUAGAGGCAAACUGUCUCCACGCAAUACCGCAGUUAACGCUACCGAACAGUUACAUUCCACGGAACUCCCAGCUUUGCAAGUUACAGAUGGUACAAUGGAGAUAUAUGUAUGUGCAAUGGAAAGUCCUAAUCAAUUCUGGAUUCAAGUGGUUGGUUCUGGAACUACAGCUUUAGACAAUUUAGUAUCUGAUAUGACUGCAUAUUACAACGAGGACGAAAAUCGUGAAUUACAUGCCUUAAGAAAUGUAACGCUCGGCCAAAUAGUUGCGGCGAAAUUUAGUUUCGACGAACAGUGGUAUCGAGCCGAAGUUAUUUCUGCACCCGAAGACGAACAAUGCGAAGUUUAUUUUGUGGAUUACGGGGAUCACGAAGUAGUUCAAGUUGACUCUGUAAUGGAGCUUCGUACGGAUUUCCUAAGCCUACGAUUACAAGCAAUAGAGUGUUCAUUGGCCAACAUUAAACCGCGGGAUGGCGAGUGGAGCACGGAAGCCUGCGACAGAUUCGCGGAGCUGAUCUCGUUGGCUCAGUGGAAACUGCUCGUAGCUAAAGUUAAAGGCUACAAAGAACGAGCCAUCGGCUAUGGAAGAUCUCGACGCGAAGGCACCCCAAUUCCUUGCGUCGAUAUCUUCGACAAAAACGAUAACCACAAGGAUAUUAAUGUCGGCCAACAGUUGAUAAACGAAGGCUUUGCGGAGCCAGAGGAAGCACUUUCGUCGGCUGCUUCCUCAACAUUGUCACUGUCAACGCGAAGCCACGACGCCACGAGUACUUCGAGACCAGCGUCUGUUUCUCCACUGGCGAAACGAGUUCUAAGCCCGGAAACAUCGACGCAGAAUCUGAGCGUCACCGAGUUCGAUUCCAGUGGGAUGGAUCUUACCACGAUUUCGGAGACGACACGUACAUCGAUCACGGAUCCGAAUCAGUUCCACGACAUCGAGGAAAUCAACCUGGUAUCGCCGGAGAAGCCCGCCGGUCGGAUCGAGGAAAUCGAUCUCACGACACCCAGGAAGGACGAAACGAGUCGUUUUAUCGAGAACGAGAAGAAAGUGCUGUGCCGCGAGGAUGGCGGCGGGGACACUUGGCGGAACGGAAACAGCAGCAAUCAGUAUAACAGAUCCCCUAAUCCCAACUUGCAAAUAAACGAGUCGUCGCGGGUACUACCGGCCGGCUACGAAAGCGAUAUCUCCAGCGAUUCCGACGACUUAGAGUUGGGGUAAAGCCACACCGUCAUCGAGCAUUCUAUAUUUUCUGCGAUACUCCGUUUAGCAGGUCCGGAAGUAUUUGCAUCCACGCGUACAUGGUCGAUUUAAAUGAUUUUACCCAAAACUACGCCAUAUGCAUUUAAAUAAUAAUAUCGCGACGGGAUGUUUCGUCCAAGUGCCUUAUGUCAAAAAAACUAAUCGACCAAUUGAUUAUAUUUUUUUAUAUAACUUAUACGAUUAUCUGUAUAAUACGUAUAGUAGCUUGUUCUGAUUUCCAGUUGACAAAGUACGCUUGCUCGAUCGAAUUUUACUUCUUAUUAUUGGGCAGAAUAGUUUAAACCGAGUUAAAAUUAAACCGAUUAUCGAAUUCUGAAAAAUAUAAUUAAGCAUUUAAUGCAUACGUAUGAUAGAAUAAACAAUUUUCAGACAUUAAAAAAAGUUUACGUGGAGAAAUACUUCCGAACAACAGUAUUCGUAGAGAUAUAUCAUCGGGUAGUAUCGAAAGUCAUUCUUCGAUCGAAAUAACACACCAGUUGUUACGAUUUUAAAAGAGUUUUUUAGUUAGUUGCACUUGGUGAAUAAUAAUUGAAACUUUCGCGUAACUAUAUUUAAAAGCGAUCAGAGAAAUAUAGAAAUUAAUAUUUAUUUUCCAUUAUGAAAAGUAUUUCGCCCUUUCGUUUGCUACAUCGUUCGAUUCUUAUCGUGGAUCAAUUUUGAAUAGAGCUACGCGAAAAUUUUACUCGAACGAAGUAUCGUGAAACAGUGAAUAAACAACGCUUUUUAAUAGUUAUCCAUCGCACAGGUAAUUUUCAUCGACAGAUUCCUAUUCCGUCUGCCAUAGAUUUUAUAUACCGAGCACGGAAAAGUGAUAAUAGUUGUCUUCCGUUGAUAGAGGAGGUACAAACAACAACAGCAUCUCGAAAGAAACUCGAAAAUGCUAGUCGAAAUAAUUAGAGCUUGUUCGAGCAGCUUUUAAAAACACGUUUCUUGCCUCGUUUGAAUAGGUUCUCUAAUAAAUGCAACCGCUUAUACCUUAGCCCUUUAAAUGGAACGAUAUUCUCGACUUUACAUUAGUAGUCAUCUCAUUCGUUUUAGAUCUAUCUCGAUUAUCCAAACAGAUUUUUUUUUCUAUUGAAAUGCGAAGAAGAUGCAGUGUCCAAGAUUUUGCUUUGAUUUUUUCAAUUUAUUCGAUAGUAGCGAUAUCAUUGACGUUUCUUUUGGUAACGACUGACUGAAUAAAAGCAUUUAAUUAAUUUCUAGACUUAAUAUUUACACUCGAUGCCUGCAAGUGAAGUUAUUAUAGUUUUCACGUGUCAGUAAAAAAGAACUACUCCGCAAAGGAAGAGUAAAAAGCUAUUAGAUAAUAGUGUUUGGAUAAUGAUGAUAUUAGUAUACAAAGUACAAUGAACCCCGAAACUCUUGUGUUCUUCCAAGUAAUCAGUUAGCGCUAUCGUCGAAUUAUGCAUUAUUUCCAUCGAAACAUGUACGCUUGUAAAAUAUGCUCAACAUCAGUUACACGAAGAACCAUGUGUUUUAAACAGCUUGAUCGCUAUCACUUGUACAGUGUCCAGGGAAAAAGAUUGCAAGUAUUAAGUUUUAAACGUUAGAAAGAAAAUGAUAUAGAUGUAUAUUUCUAUAAAAAAAAAAAAUUGUACGAUGCUCGACUGUAACUACACAACGAAAAGAAAAACAAACGUUUAUUCUACUACAGACCAUUGAAAUUUAUCAUUAGUUGUUAUUCCCGUUUUUUUAUGAUACUUAAUUUCAUAUUUACAGUUACAAAACUCGUAAAUAUUAUUUGUUAUAUUCCGAUUGAAAGAAAAAAUAUCAUUUUUAUGUAACUAACAACAUUGAUGGGUUGUCAAUAAAAAUAUGUACAAUCAAUAUUCGUGAAUCUAGCGUUGAUUAGAAAUUACGUAGAUUAAAAAACAUCGUAGAGGCUUCGUUAUUCCGUAGAUAGAUUUGGGCAAAAUUUGAAUCGAAAUAGAAACAAAGUUGCUUAGAAUAAAAAUAAGAAUUUGGUGUUUGGCCAGCCCUGGGAAUCAACAAAUUAGUAUUCUUGAUUUUUCUCUUAUUUUGGCCCCUAGAAUCUCCCGUUAAAAUUUUGUUCGUGAUGUAAUCCUUUCGGUGCUACGAAAUUUGGAAUAAAUCGCAACACGCUGUUCUUAGUCGAACGUAAU